AUGGCUGAUGUUGGAAGCAUUCUCAACCUCCGAGUACGGCUUGUGACGGCGAGGGUGGAUGCGAUUGGCGGAAACGCCGUGGCCUUGCUAUGGGAUAUGCCACAACGCGCCCGCAGGCAUCUCCGGAGUAUCGUCGCGACUACCACAUAUAACUAA